CUGGCAUUGACUCGUUUGAUCGAGUCCUCGCUGUCCUUCUGCUUGUCCAAGGGAGACAUCCGAGAUCGAUGGUGUAUAUCUGCCCAGUCUACUCGAAGCUUUCCAAAGCGAUAAUCUUGUGUAGAACGAGAAGUCUCCACAGCCGAGUCAAGAGUUUCAGGUUUGUAAGUGCCGAUGUCUGACCAGAUAUCCGAAAAGCUAGCCUUCGAUGAUAAAGCUAGAGCGAGCUGGUAGCGAGGCAUAGGCUUCCUCAAGAAAGCAUAACGCUGUGAAGGAAAGGUGCAGUUAUAUAUAUGCGUCAAGCUGGAGAGAGGGUUUGAAUGUGGAAACCAUCGGUCAUCCCCGAAUGGGCAGUGUCGCGCCGAAGUAGCAACAUUUGACUGAUUCCUCGCUUUGGUUCGUACUGUCGCACGCGCACGAUUGCUACCCUUGCUAUUUCUAGGAUUUAGCUUCGUCAGAGGCACGGCGCUCUCACAUGACAAGCAUCACUUCUCUCCGGAGUCACCGCGAACCUAAUGCAACGGACAAGCUCAUCGCUCAAUUCUCACUCCCAAAGGGAUGCGCUCUGAAGAUAGACGUCAAUUCUGUUGUUACUUUACAUGGCCGGGAAGAUUCAUAUGCAGGGAGGCUCUAUCUAUUUCCCCCGUUCCUAUGUUUCAUGUCCCUUGACCAAAAGUCUGUGAAGUUCACGCUUCCUCUCAGCACCAUACGGCGAGUGGAACGGUUGAAUUCGCGAUCAGGAGUCUUCGCACUCAGCAUCAUCGUGUGGCACGGAACGAAGAUUAUUAUCCAAAUCACCUCCCUGCGGCCUGCAGCGGACCAGUUCAGCGCCAUGCUUCGGGACGCCCUGAAGGCGGAGUUGCAACAAGGUUCCAUGAAGCUCUUGAAGCCAUUUGUGAAGACGUUGUACUCUGAAGUGUUGAUCCCCCCAUCAUCUUCCGCAAUGGAUAAGGAGAGAGAAGAUGGUAGCAUCAUCAAGGAUCCUGAUGUUCCAGUGGGUAUGGAGGCGAUGCAAAGUGACUAUCAUGGGGGACUUGGCUUCGAGUUCAAAUUCCCAGGAGAUGCAAAGAAGCUCCGAGAGAGUUCAAAGCUCAAGCUCUGGGCAACGUAUCUUCGAUCUCACGGAAGACAUCUUACUCUUCUACGAUAUCCUCAAUGUACUCGUCUAAUACAGGUUGGCCUUCCAAAUCGUCUUCGUGGAGAACUGUGGGAGACACUGUCUGGCUCGUUGUAUCUGAGACUUGCCAACUCCGGUCUCUAUGAAAAGCUAUUGAAAGACAAUGAAGGACGGACAAGCACUAGUACAGAAGAUAUUGAAAAGGAUCUUUCUCGCAGCCUCCCGGAAUAUCCUGCGUAUCAGACCGAAAAAGGGAUCGACACAUUACGCAAGGUGUUAACGGCGUAUAGCUGGAAGAACCCCGAAGUGGGAUACUGUCAGGCUAUGAAUAUAUUAGCUGCAGCGAUCCUGAUUUUUAUGUCUGAGGAACAAGCGUUCUGGUUACUCGAGGUUCUUUGUGACCGCCUUCUUCCCGGUUACUACAGCCCGAGCAUGUGGGGUACAAUUCUGGACCAAAGAGUAUUCGAGGCGCUGGUGCACAAGUGUUUACCUUUGAUUCAUGACCGAUUCCAUGCGGUGGAUGUGCAACUCUCUGUUGCUUCAUUGCCAUGGUUCUUGAGUCUAUUCAUUAAUUCAAUGCCUUUGAUCUAUGCUUUCCGCAUUAUUGAUUGCUUUUUCGCCAUGGGGCCAAAAGUUCUCUUCCAAGUGGGGACAGCAAUCCUUAAAAUCAACGGCCCAGAGCUUCUAGAAAUACAAGAUGACGGCAGUUUUAUCAACUUGAUGCGGGAUUAUUUUAAUUCCCUUGGGGAUUCUGCUCACCCCGAUUCUGUGGAUCCACGAGUCCGGGCGAUUACGAAUUUCCAAGAAUUACUCCUUGUUUCAUUUCGUGAAUUUUCCGUGAUCACAGAGGAAACCAUCGCGGCAGAGCGCAAGCGCUUCCGAACGGAGAUUGUCUCUGGUAUCGAAUCAUUUACGAAACGAGCUGCAGUCAGGAAUUUAAAAACGCUUGGACAUCUUGACAAGGUACAAGCGGGCAUGGUCUAUGAUGUAUACUUUCAAGCAAUCUGUGACGAACCACCAAACGACGUCAAGAAUGUCCCCAAUGAUCCCGACGAAUAUAAAGAUCCAUCGGGGAGACCAGAAACCAGAAUUGGGCUCAAGACCUUCAAAGUUUUCCUGAGUCAGGUUGCGUCCUGGGCACGAGAUGAAGUAAUCGUCUCGAAUGGCUUUCAACAACGUGUCAAUCGUAAUGUAGCCGACCAUGAGCUGAUUGAUCGACUUUUCUUUUUUUGGGACUUCUCGCAUCGAGGCGCGUUGUCCUUCCAGGACUUAGUUGUCGGCCUCAGCGGGGUCAUGUUCAAUGACCUUAUGGCAAACAUCGAAUGGUUUUUCACACUUCACGACAAGGACAAAGAUGGUGCUCUCACAAAAGACGAGGUUUUGCAGCUCGCGGAGUCCUUGUUGUUUAUAUUCCGUCAUGAAAUAGGUGACACUUACUUGGGUGCCGUCAGCCGCUUCAUGACCAACGCGUUCGAGUAUGGAGAUGCGUUGUCGCCUCAGGUUGAAACGGCUGAAGGAAGUCAUAAUCUCCCUUAUCUCACUCUUCCGACAUUCCGCAUGGUGGUUCUAGCAGACGAGGUUCUCGAAUCAUUUUUCGAUGUAGACCUUUCAGGGUCAUUCCGCCUCGAGCCUAUUCCUCCGUUGAUAGAACAGCAGCAACAAAAGAGUGGUUUUUUGGGAGGGCUAGUUUCAAGUUUCCUCUCAAAUGAGGAUAACAGGCGUAUAAUCAACAAUGUUGCGGACCAGAUCGGAAAAACAAUGGGGAAGCAUCAGGUUGUCCAACGACCGUCCAUUGGUAAAUACGACAAAACCUACGGGCUACAAGAGCCCAAACCGCGCGAAUCCCUCUUAACUCCUUCCAUUCGAAACCGUUCUCCCUCCGGAUCGUCAUUAUCACUGGGCACGCCGGAGAUAAUAAUCACGUCAGGCACUGAAUCAAAGCAAUCUCUGUCCUCUUUAUCAAUAGACGAGAAGUCCGAAAUGCCGAUUACUCCGAUAGUCAAGCAGCUCACAUCAGUUAAUGUCAUGGAGCGCAAACCGUUCGCAAUCGACGAGGCCAAGGACGAUGGCAGGAUAGAUGACGAUCUCGAUUCCUUGGAUGGCGUUGCAGGAGAAGAUGACAAGUUAAUGAUGGAUGAAGUUGAUGCGUUUUUAGAGGCACAUGAUUCCGGUUUAACGAAUGCCGAGAACGAAGCUGCCAAAGGCAUGUGUCCUGACUCGUCCUCUCCCAGACUUACUGACGGCGUCCCCCAUAUCGUAAAUUCCAAACUCGACAACCCCGUACCUAUUUCAGAUCCGCCUCUCUACAAUGCAUUGAUCAAGGGGAAGUUACAUCACAUACCCAUUUGA